GAGGUUAUUACAUUCCAAAUGACAAGACAAAGGAGGUGUUUGAGAAAAUGGAGGAGUUGCAGAGGCAAGUAUCAGAUGGGUCAUGGACUCCAAAAGGCCACGAUGACGUAUUGACCCGUGCACUUGGCAGUAAAGAGCAUGGAGGACGUGUCAGAGGGGUCGGUGGUGGAGCCAAAUUUAAGGAUGUAUUUGGAUCGGGAAAAACCAAACAUAGUGGUGUUGUUUCGGUGGAUGAGUUGGCCACGAUUACACAAGAAAUCACUAAGAAAGUUCAAAAGGAGUGCGAGGAGAGGAUGAAUGAAAUGGUGAGGAUGAAUGAAGUGGUGAAUUCAAAGCUAGAAAGUAUAUUUAAUCAGUUGAACCAGAUGGGUGUGAAAAUCCCUGAUGAUCAUUUUGUAAAUGAUGUUGGUACACCGAACAAUGAAAAUGUUCGAAGCAGUUGCCAGUCGGUAUAUCGGGAAGAUCAUUUCACAAAUGUCAAGAAUCCAACACUUUGUUGUCUUUGGGUGAUACACGUAGAGAAAGGAAGAGUUGUUGUGGCAAGGGGGACUGUAUUCCCGUCAAAUAGUCAGGGUGUUAAUAUGAUUCAUAAUAUUCCGAUGGCAUCUCUCAAUGUUAGAGUAUCAAUUGAUGAUGUUGUACCUGAAUAUCAACGUACUCCACUUCAUGUGUCAUGUGAUGAACAUGAUAAUAUAGGAAAUCCAGGGGGCACUUUGUUCAAUGGCCAAAGGACCUUGUGA